CGGGAACAAUUGAAGGUUUACGACACGAAGAACUGGAAUCGUGGUUGCAGGAAGCUACUCCACUACGCUUCGAACAUAACCGACGCUCACAAACUACCCGAAUUCGCCAACCAAAAGAUACAAUCACGGCGACCUUCAAAACCAACCGAACACACACUUCUAUAUUCUCUCUCAACAUCUCGAUAUAUGGUUUGAGUCAACUGGUGUAG